CUUGAAAGUUCGUUCAACGUGUGAGGCUGAUUAGCUCUCAGAAAUCACGUUCGUGCUGGAGAGCGCGACUGACGCUCAUGCCCACGAUUUUUGAGUCAACUUCUUUUCGCUAAACUGGCAUCAUUGCUCUUACUUAUCAUCGCCGGUCACUAGACCUCAUCACAGCCACUUGUAGAAGUUUGACCGCUUACAGCCAGAGAAGCCUGGAAGUUCCAGCAUGGUUGGCUUUCUGGGUACAGGAAGCAGGAAUUGUCCAGCGACGGGCAGUUGCUAUCCUGAUACUACUCCAAACCAUGCUAAUGGAAGCACUGGUCGUGUCUUCCCCGACCGUGACAAAGUACUAGUGACAACAAGUCAUGGUCCCCUUCAUUUCUUUUCAUUUCCUCACUGGACACGAAAGAUACUACCUGCCUCCGUGUCUGCUCGCCGAAGUAUAGCUGGUAUGCCCUCUGAUGAACUCGGCGUCAUUCGGAGGAAACCCUCAAAUCUUAUGCUGGACAAGGAGCUCCCGCCCACUCCUCCAAUUCAAAGAGUAGCCGGCAAUUCCGACGCUGUAGAAACGUCCUUGGACACAUUGUCGCCCAUAUCCACAAACAGAUUUGCCCCCUCACCUACCUUGCCAAGAGCAAACACACCUCCAACUUCCGCUGAACCCAGGCAUACACAACCAACGUUAUAUUUCGAUGUAUAUCAUAAUGCUGUUCCCCGUGGAGUGAAUACAGUGUCUUUUGUCACUACUUCACCUACUGGCAUGAACCAACGUGACUCGACCCUCCCGCUACGACACACAAGAAGCACUCAAUCGUUCCUUUCACAUGAACAGGCGGACCGGUCAACUCAGCCUCUUGACGGUGCAGAUAGAGUUCGUGGGUUUUCCUUCGGUCAGAGACGAUCAAGCUCCAGACGAAAAGAUGCGGAACCACCGCCGACUGGUGAAAACAACAAAUCAUCACCUGUUCGUCAGGUGUCGACCAAAUCUUCGCGGCAGCUGCUUUCAGUUCCGUCUGAUUCUCUGUCCCUUCCAGCAUUGCAGCCGACAUCACCAUUUCAUAUAGACUUCCAUUCGGACACUCUUGCAUCUUCUGAGCAGCCACCGCAACGAUUCGCUUCGAGAUUGACACGAAGUCACUCAGAGAAGUUCUCCAGACGUCCGUCUCCCUCCAACUCUGAAGCACCUGCAUUACCCAAGAUUCUACCAGCAUUUGAUUCGUCCCAGCAUCAUUCAACGACUGCCAAUCCAACAUUUUCUUCCCAUCAUCCACCCCGACCCACACCGCGCCGCCCCAUGACUGCCGAUUCGGUUCGUUCACGUACUCGUUCAUUUUUUACUCUGUCACCACAGACAACAUCCGGUCCUUCCACACAAACUCCACAUUUUGGAAACGCACUCUCAAGUCUCACCUCGUCUACCUCCGUCAAUCAUGCAAAUAAUCGACCACCAAAAUCUGGAACAGUUCCCGGCAGUUCCAUAACCGCCUCGCCAGUUUCUCGAUCACGUCCCCCAUUACUUUCAUCGGUACCAUCUGAGGAGCUGAGACCUCAACAGGACGAGUUACCUGAGGUUUUCUUGCAGAGACUUUCCUCCCUUGUUGGUAAAGGUGAUAUUGCGGGGUUAUUGGGAUCAAGUGCGGAAGUCAAGUAUGUAACUACUCUCAAACUUUACAUCGGAAAGUUUUCUUUUACUGGGGAUCCUCUGGAUGUUGCUCUGCGUCGGCUUUUAAUGCACAUUGGUCUUCCCCGGGAAACACAACAAAUCGAUAGGGUGAUCGAAGCUUUUGCAAAGCGGUACGUUGAGUGCAACCCAGAUAUAUUUAUGUCCGACGAUAUCCCAUACAUUCUCGCCUUCAGUCUCAUCAUGCUUCACACAGAUGCAUUCAACAAAUCCAAUAAGCGCAAGAUGACAAAAGUUGACUAUCAGAAAAACACGGCUAUCUCAGGAAUUAUACCCGAAGUGCUAGAUUGCUUCUAUGAUAAUAUUGUCUUCGCUCCUUUCAUAUUUAUCGAGGACCCUAUGGACCCCCCUCGGCCAUCAAUUGAUGGUAGUCUUUCGCGACCUCCUACUUCCGCUGGUGUUCCAAUGACACCCAUAGGAGGUACUCUACUGAGCAGACCAAAGAUUGAUCCAUAUUAUUUGAUCACCAAUCACUUGCUUGAUUCGCUCCGCGUGAAUGUUGAACAGCACAUACCCUUAGACAACCCAUACUGUUGGAAGGGAACGAGUGGUUCCUGGAAUAAUGACGAACUUUGGUCUGCCUUUGACCAGGGGGAUACGAUAGAGAUUACUUGCUUUGAACACAAUCGCUUGCCUUCUGGGUUAUUCGGCCUCAGCGUCUCCAAUCCUCCACUUAUGGGGACAAACGCACUUCCCGGUUUUUUACCGUCUCAAAAAGAGACUUGGCGGCUUAAGCUGUCGAAAGUCUCUGUUUUGAACCGCAAAGACGAGAUCUUGGAAGGCGGUAAAAAACCCUCGAACCGCAAGUGGAGGUCGUUUGGUGUUGCUUUGACGACUUCGCAAGUCCUUCUUUUUCGUGAUCCAUCAUGGGCUGCCACUUUUCUGUCAUCCUCGGAUUACUCCAGGAGGUCGACCAUACAUUGCAAACCUGAUGAAGUUUUGUCGGUGAAGGACGCACUCGCUGUGUUCGAUCGGUCAUAUCAAAAGCAUUCAAACACCUUUCGCCUGGCCCUCGCUGAUGGGCGCCAGAUCUUGUUCCAGGCUUCAAGUGAACUGGAGGUCAAUCAAUGGGUUUCGCGCAUCAACUAUGCUAGUGCUUUCAAGUCUGCUGGGAUACGAAUGCGUCCCCCUGGCAUGACAGGCAGGGAGGUGACGCUAACUGGGGUUGCUGCUGCGCAAUCACACCUCCAAGACUUACGGGUAGUGCAGCAAUCCCAGCCCAAAAUUCGGUCAUGGGGUUCUCAAAGCCCCCUCAUUCGUGCUACUAAGUCGACCGACGAAAGUACAGGAGAUGCUAUCGAGCGAUCAAACCCAGAGGACUUCGAAGCUCGGCACGAUGUCACCCAUGAACCUCCUGCCGUGCGUGAAAUAGAGGGGGCAUCCCAAUUCAAAGCUACUUUCGACAAAGUGAAAGCGCAAUUGGCUGCUGCUCGGCUCAGUCUGGGUGAUCAGUCAUUGUCCUCGAAUGACGUAUCUGAUGCUGUUGUUCCUUUCCUUGGACACCGCUCUUCCCUGACAGCCGACGGUAAUCCCUUUCCCCAAAGCAAUCGCACCAUUCUCCUCCAAUCCACCAUCGGCGAUCUCGAAGAUCGGAUUUGUGUAGCGCAGCCACUUCUCGAAACGAAGAUGCAUUUCGCUCGCAACAUAGCAAUUUUGACACCCUUCCAACGGUCAACACGAGAUCGGCUUCAAGAUGCAGUACAAGAUGUAGCAAAGCAGAUCUCCCAGUUGCGUCUGGAGAUUGCCAGGCUCAUUUGUCACCGUAAUGUCCUGCUAAACGAUGUGGCAGCAGAAGAGCGAGGGUUCAAACAGGCAGCUACAAUUGCUUUGAACGCUGCCAUGGAUACUUUACAGAGUCGAGGACGGUGUAUACCUGAGCCGAUGUCAUCGCCCGAUGAUGGAUCACUGGAUGUGUCGUUGCCGCAACCAUCUUCCAAAGCCAUACCCAGUUCUCUGGAGUCCUCUAUCGACGAUUCUUUCCGGUCUGCUCUGGAUUUUGGUCCAGACUGGCCGACAAACUAUGCGUUUUCUGUGUCGAACGUCUUAGACACACCGAAGAUCACAGAUUCCCCUCUCACUGAAGGGGAGGGCUCAGGGUACCCAUUCCUAGAGGCCGAGACCAGUCUCUCGGAGUCUCGGACGGCUCAUUCUAUUCCGAGCUCUCUAGAGUUAUCCGUGCAAGACAGCACUCCCCAUUCCGUUCACGAGAAGUUUUACACAGCGCAAGAGUCGCCUGAAGAGCAAGCUGAGGAGUGGAACAAGACGCGAGCAGCGAAACGUGUUUCGCUAGUUAAAUUGCCCCCAGACAUACGACUGUCGGCGAUGUUUGGCAAGACUCAACGGAAUGGUUGUAAUGACCUGAUAUCCACGGUGACUCGGGAAGAUUCUUCAUUUGGAUAGUUCCUUUCGCAUUGAACUUUGGCCUACAUACUUGCCUACUAUUACAUUAUAUUGCUAUUGUGCCGCAUAUUACAUUGUUUUGAGCUGCAGCACAGGCUAGCCUCCAUGGACGACCGCAUUUUAUAGGCGGUUACCAUUAUGAUGUGAACUUCUCACCGCAGUAGCUGUACUAGACCAAGGCUUGCUGUGUUUCUGGAUUAAAUCUUGCAUUCGUCGACUGGCGUCGCCACGCGAUGUGCCAGUCCCUGGCCUCACUAGUAUAAUGCAUGCCCACUGCCAGUGGUAUCGACAAGGGA